UUCUUCGUGAUUAAUUCACUUAACGCUUCAUACAUAGUAGGUGCUUAGAUAGCUAUAUGGUGCGUAAUGUGACAUACCACUUGAACUAAUUUGAUUGAUAUUACAUUAUUCAUGGCAACCUUCCCGAAAUGUACACAUAUUGACGGACAGUUUCAUAAAUUACAAUUAUAAUUCAUUAGCUUACACGUGGGUGGUGAAGGCAUGGAUCUUAUAGUUUUUUUUAGCUCAAACAUUAACAUAGAGCCUUCAAUGAGAGAGUUGAUGUUGAGAUGAUUUAAAUCAAUCUAAAAACUAUGCAAAAGUUCACAUAUAGAAACAAAAUACGACCCUUAAAAAAUGAACCGGAAGCCAAAAACAUUUUCAAUAUAUUAGCUUGUAUAAAACCGUUUGUGUACAUAGAAUAUAUUUUCUUCCUAUUUCGGUUUCGAAUAGUUAACAAUGAAAUAAAACCGAUCAAAUUGCGCAUGAAACUGACCACUCUGACUGUAUCAAUCCUUUACGUGUACUGUUUUGGACGAUAUCUUGUUGUUCCAUACGGCGAUAAUGACCCACGAAUAUACGUAUUCUUUCUGGGGAAGUUGCCUUCGGUGUUUAUGUUGAUGCAAUGUGUGGCGGCGGCCGUGUCCACUGCGUUUCUCUACAGCGAAGCCAACGUUCGAAUAGUAGUCGACUUGGCGCGAGUAGAUGCCUCACUCUAUCUCAAGAAUAACCACAAAAUGUACGUCAGACAUCGACGAUUGGCUAAAUUCGCCGUGGGCUGCCUAAUCCUUGGCCACAUAGCGUAUAACGCUAACAUUUACAUAAACCAAGACAGCGUCAUCAUCAACUGUCUCCUCACAUGGCCGGUGUUUGUAUUCCACGACGAGCAAUACAUGUUCUUCGGCUGUAUAGUCAGCAUGAUCGACGGACGGUUGCAAAUUAUCAACGAAAAUAUCGAGAAGAUUAUUAAGAGGAAAAACGACAAAACUGUUGUGGCCACCCUCAACUUUGAAGAGUUUCCCAAAAAGUUUGAAGUGAGAGGGUUGUCGUUGGUGUACGAUAUGAUCGCGAGAGUGGUGGCUUCCAUCAACGAGGCAUUCAACUUGAGUCUACUACUGAGCAUCAUCACUACAUUUGCCUUCAUGGUGGGGACUAUACUGACUUCGCUGGUGUAUUUCCGGUUUGCGAAAGGAGACAAGCACAGUAUGGGACCUUUAAUCAUGAGUGUUGUUUGGGCAAUAGGCGGUCUCUCCAACAUUGGCAUGAUAAGUUAUGUAUGCGAGAGUUUACAGAAGACCCGUAGGAAGACUAUGCGUUUGCUGAAUGAGAUUAUUAUGGACUACGGUUUCCCCGGCACCGCUAGGAGUGAGGCCAAGAGUUUUAUGGAACUGUUAAAUGCGUGGCCUCUUCAGAUGAGCAUAUACCACAUGGCGACUAUAGACACAUCUCUGGUACUCAAGGUCAUGUCUGCUAGCACCACGUAUCUGAUUGUUAUUGUGCAAAUGUCGCACAUAUUUGAAUGACUAAUUAACCCUUCUGCGUGCCUGUUUGACUAUUUCAAUACUAUGUUCAUUAGGUUUAGUACAAUAUACCUUGAUUUAACUAAAGUGUUUUAUUUAUCUGUAUUCUAUUUAUAGUUAGUAACCCACACAGCUAGGUUUAUAGGAUUAGUACAUCUCUAGUCCCUGCACUACCGGAGGUUGGUGGUCAAGCUCUGCAUAUUCCUCUCUAUUCUUCGCUAAGCGCAUCAGCUGUUUUACGCUGGCCACUCCCGUUCAUCCUCUUAUAUUACGGAGCCACGACUUACUCCUUACGCACACGCGUUUUUUCCCCUCCCUUAGUACGACAUACAUACCACAAAUUCGCCAACUUUCGUUAAAAAUAAAUGUAUCGAUGCAGUUAUAGCAGCUAGGUACGUAUCAUUGAAGCGAUUUUU